GUACAACAGAUUAUCAUAUCCUGUUUCUGAGUGUUUCCUUUUGAUAUUUUGCUAGGUCGGAUAUACUUAGGUUUGUUACAAGGAAACAGAGAAGAUUUUUGUAAACAUGAAUCUUUCCAACUGGACACAUUUAGAACUUGGUGAGCAUCACCACAACGAGUCCCGUAUCAGGAUGGCGUCUAUGGUGGUUCCAUCAGUCAUGUUUACAGCAGGAGUACUUGGGAACAGUUUAGCUCUCCUAGUGUUGUACAGUUCCCGCAAAGAGCAAAAACAAUCUGUAUUCUAUCGUCUUGUGGGAGCUCUAGCAGUCACGGACCUGUUUGGAACGUGUGCCACUUCGCCCGUCAUUCUGUUAGUGUACGCCAAUGGACUGAAAUGGCAGGGUGGACAACCGCUGUGCAAUUAUGCUUCGUUUAUGAUGAUAUUUGCAGGACUUUCAACGAUGUUCAUCUUGGCAGCAAUGGCGUUUGACAGAUACCUCGCCCUAAAUCGCCCGUAUUUCUACACUUCUCAUGUCAAUCCUACCCGUGUCAAGUACAUAUUCCCCAUCUUACUGACCGCCGCCCUAGUCAUGGCUUGUCUCCCUUUGAUAGGGGUCGGGGAUAACGUUCACCAUUUCCCGGGGACCUGGUGUUUCUUUGACUAUUACGGGACUACAGUGCGUGUGAAAUCGUUCGCCAUUCUUUAUAGUUUAUUGGGACUAACUGUGCUCACCAUGAUAAUUAUACUGAACUUCGUGGUUCUCAAAACUGUCUGGUCACUUCAUCGUAAGGCAUGCGAGAUUCAGAUGGUGGUCUUUUUGGUUGGGAUUCUUACCGUCAUCUGUGUGUGCUGGGCGCCGCUUAUGAUUCGAGUGUUUUUAAUACAGACGGGCUUCAAAGAAGAGGACGUCAUCCAAGAUUUAAUAUUCAUCCGAAUGGCAUCAUUUAAUCAAAUACUGGACCCAUGGGUGUAUAUUUUAUUCCGUAAAACUUUAUUCACCCGACUAGUUCAAUUUAUCAAAGUUCAUUUAUGUUUACCGAAAAAACAGUUUGAUUCCAAACGACCAGGCAUACAAGAUUCCGAAGAGAUAAAACGGUUAAAGCAAACAGAGGCGGAACAGUACCACAGGGAGGCAAAUGGCCCACUUUGUAAUGAAUCCACGGGAACCGUACCUUCUUGUGAGGAUUACUGAGGGUCAGGAAUCCAGUACUGACGUUUUAUAUACUUGCUCUAGAGCAUAAAACAGGUGCGUGCAUGUUAUUGCACUGAAAAGCUCAGGUAGCCGAAAGAUUGUUCUCCAAACAUGUGUUCAUCAGUGACAUUUUAUUGUAAAAUAAUUCAAAAAAAAUAAAUAGAUAAAUCAUACAAAAAAAU